ACGUGUAGUUUUUUUUGUUUAUAGUUGGUUUUGGUGGUUUAAGGUUUUGUUACAAAAUCAGAGAAUCUUAUCAAACUGUUUAUAUCCUUUGCUUUUAUCUAUAAAUUAAUUUUAAGAAUAAUUAGGUACCUAAUUUCUUUAAAAGUUCAAAAGGGUAAAUUGCUGAUUGUCAGUGACGAAUGAAGACAUCCAAAAAUGCAAAUAGGUACUUACUAGUACAAGACUAUUUUCUGUAAUAAAAUAUCAGGUGGACAGCCAACCAGCGUCACAAUAUAGGUCACUAUGUUUGACCACAUGUCUCGCGGCACAGCGGCACCGGCGCAGCCGCCCCCGCCACAGAAGGUGCUGAGAUUUGACAAGGGCUACCUGAAGUCCCUGCCUGGAAUACUGAAGAUUGUUGCAUUGGUCUGUAAUGUAGUGGGUUUCAUUUGCAUAAAGAUAUCAUGGGCGUGGCUAUCCGCCAUCUUCUACAACAUCCUGUACUGGUGCGGCAACAUCAUCACAGGCUUCCUUCUGCUGAUGUACACGUUCCACUUUGUGGAGAAGUAUGACCGUCUGCCGUGGCUUAAGUGCGAGUUCGCGUACUGCGGGGUGAUGUGCCUGGCGUACAUCGGCACGUCUAUAUUCGCGACCACGCUGGGCGAGAGCACGGGCUAUGCUGUUGGGUUUUUCGGUUUGUGCGCGAUCAUCGCAUACGGAGUCGACUGCUUCCUCAAGUACAAGGCGUGGAAGCGAGGGUUGCCUCCACAGUGACAUUUACUUUUUAUAUACAGACUUGUAUACAUUAGGGUUGCCAACAGUCAUAUUAUUACAGCAGGCUUCUUGUACCGCAGUAAUAAGACAGUGGUACCCAUUCUUUUGUACACAAUUUCUAAACUAAAUUGACAAGUGUAAAUUAUAGUGCUCCCCUUCUUACUUAUGUCUUUUGCUGAAAGGGAUAGCUUUUUUAGACCUGUCAAUUUAAUCAAGAGAUUGUUUUCAAUAGAAU